CUGAAACAUUCCUCUUCAUUUAAGCAUUGCCCGGAAUGUUCAGAAGCAUCAGCGUCUCUUAAGUGUGAUGGAGAGCCUGGAUAAUGGGAAGCCCAUUCGAGAAUCCCGGGACUGCGACUUGCCCAUUGUUGUUCGACACUUUUAUCAUCAUGCAGGCUGGGCCCAGCUCAUGGAUGUUGAAAUGAAGGGCUGGAAACCUGUUGGUGUUGUUGGAGCCAUAGUGCCAUGGAAUUUCCCCUUGAUGUUGCUGACGUGGAAGAUUUGCCCAGCUCUUUCCAUGGGAAACACUGUAAUUUUGAAACCGGCAACAUACACGCGCUUGACUGCUUUGCUUCUAGCUGAAAUCUGUGCAGAGGCAGGCUUGCCUCCUGGUGUGUUUAACGUAGUAACUGGGAAUGGAGAAUUCGGCAGCAAAUUGGCAUUGCACCCAGAAGUAGAUAAAGUGGCCUUCACUGGCUCCACAGAGGUGGGAAUGGUUGUACAGCAUAUGAUGUAG